AUGAUGAAUGUGUUAUAUGCAAAUGCUAUUGGAUCUGUCAUGUAUGUAAUGGUGUGCUCUAAACCUGAUAUAGCCUAUGCUCUGGAAAUCCCAACUUCAAAAAUUGGUUUAACCAAGGCUAAAUAUAUUGUUGCUACUGAGGCAACAAAGGAAUGUCAAUGGUUGAAAGGCUUAUUAAAUGAAUUAGGACUCAUGGGAAAUCUGGUGGAGCUAUGUUCAGACAAUCAAAGCGACAUUUUCUUAAGUAAAAAUCCAAUUUUUCACGAUAGACCUAAGCACAUAAAUGUCAAAUUCCACUUUAUUAGAGAUAUAGUUGAUAGGGGGGAUAUUAAGUUGAUCAAAAUUCUCACUAAGAUAAAUACCGUUGAUGCAAGUACAAAGGUAAUAAGAGUGUAUGAAGUUAAGAUGAUUAAGUUGGAAUCCACUGAAGCGCUGUCACAAAAUACAACGAAGGUGGAGAUUGUAGAGAUUGCGUUGUCAAAUUUUUUGAAUGAUAUAAUUGGCUAUGUCUCACAUAAAAUAGAGGCCAGUGACUUUAGGGUUUCAUUCUAUAAUAAUCUAGCAAUCUUUCUCUCAUGUGUUUCAUCUUCUUCGUGUGUUCUUGAUGAUUCUCUCUGA